UGGAGGCUGAGGGAGAAAAGGGUCACUGGUAGGCUGGAAUCUCAUCUUAACGUAUUGUGAGGACUGGCAGGGUUAAGUGCUGGGUUGAGGAAUGAAUGGUUUUACUACAUCACGAUUAGCAAUGGAUUUCUCGGCAGUUCAAUAUGGUGAUGAAAUAUUAGGAUACAAUGAUAAUAGUACAUUCAGUGAAGAUAGCUCAGCAUAUGCUGAAUUAUAUGCUGGUGAACCAGGAGAGGCAUUCUCAGGUGCUGGGGAGUUCACCCACGAUACUCAAGAUUUCUUGAGUGGCGGAGAAUUUCAGGAAAGUCAGUCACUGCUGGUUGAUGGAGGAGAUCGUUUUGGGGUGUCAGCUGUUACAGUUGAUCGAAAAGAAGAACUUGUCUGGAUGGGGAAUGCUGGGGGCCAUGUUACAUCGUACCUCAGCACAGAUCUCAUGAAGUACACGUCCUUCCAAGUGCAUGCCUCUGAAGAAAUCCGUGACCUGCGUUCCAUCGACCAAGGGCUACUUGCAUUAACUCCUACCUCACUCAACUUACGUACCAGACAAGGAAUGCCAUCUUUUACUCAUCAGUCGACACAGCUGGAAAACAUGCAGUGUAUGCUUCAGCUGGGCAACAAUUUUUCUCAUCGUCUGCUUAUGGGAGGACACCAGUCAUCAAUGGUGGAGUUCGACCUCAAUCAAGGAAAGCAAACAAGAUGUCACCAAGUAGGAGACCAAGGUUGUGUGAUUCUGCGUGACCACCCAAGAUUUGUGUGCCACGGUGAUCUCACGGGAAGAAUUGUCCUCCAUGACCCUCGAACACUGCGCCAAGAGCACUACUUCCAAGCUCAUACUGGGAGCCUCUCAGAUUUUGAUGUAUUAGGAAACUACAUUGCUACUUGUGGAUUCUCAAACAGAAUGGGUCAGAUGUUAGGGGAUCAGUUUGUGAUGGUGUUUGAUCUUCGGAUGAUGAAGCUUUCCCUGCCUCUGCGAGCCCUGGUGCCACCCUUGCUUCUGAGGUUCGUUCCAGGCCUAUCCUCGUGUCUGGCAGUGGUAUCUCCCCUUGGACAGUGGCAGUUGAUGGAUGCAGGCCAACCAGAUAACUCCAUCAUGAGUAUGAACUAUCAGGUGAGCUGUGUGCCAGAAAGUGUCAUCACUUCCUUUGAUGUUGCAUCGUCCUCUCAAGCUGUUGUGUUUGGAGACAGUUUGGGAUCCCUCCACCUCUUCACCUCAGGAAGCAAACCUACUUUCAAUAACUUCUCCCAGGAAACUGUUUUGAUUGAUGUUCAAGACACAACCCAGACCCUACCCAUGACGGACAACACGUCAUCCCUCGCUGCCUUCCCCAUGUACUAUCCCUCAAGUCAGCUGCUCUCUGAUUGGCCUGAGCAGUACAUGAAAGUUCGUUACAGACCUACUCCUCCAGUUGAUCCAGCAAUUCUGCAAAGCAUGAAAAUUGUUGGAUCCAUUGGCUAUGCCCCUAAUCUUUACAACAAGAAGAGAAAUCAGGUCCCCUACAAAUUCAAUCGCACAAAAGGGCAAAAGGCUACUGCUAGUGAAUGCAGUCAAGGAAAGAAUGAACAAGGGAUGGCUGUUCACGUUCCAUGGCGGUACAGGAAAAUUGAAAUCAAGUAUGGCAAGCACGGAAUGGAUGACUUUGACUAUGAUCAGUACAACCGAACAAGUUUCUCAGGCCUUGAUAUGUCUCUACCAAACUCCUACUGUAACCCCAUGCUUCAGAUGUUCUACUACAUAGCUCCCCUGCGUGCUCUCAUGAUGUCACAUCUGUGCGAGCGAGAAUUCUGCUUGGUGUGCGAGCUUGGUUUCCUCUUUCACAUGUUGGACGUCAGCAUGGGCCAGGGUAUACCCUGCCAUGCAUCAAACUUCUUGAGGGCAUUCAGGACCAUCCCUGAAGCAUCUGCUAUGGGUCUUACUCUUUCAGAUCAGGAUAAUCGAGCAAAAAUCAAUUUUGCCACAAAAAUUCAGAGCUGGAACAGGUUUGUCUUACAACAGCUGCACUCCGAAACACUUGAGGAAAAGGCGGACCACUCCCACUCAGACAAGUUUGAUGAAAAAAUCCAGUCCCUGGCCGACGGUGGCUUUGAGGAUAAGGAAAUGUCAAAAAAUGAAGAAGCCAAGAGCAUGGAGAGGCAAGACAAGCGAGAGCACUCCCCUGUGGCCGCUAUUUUUGGCGCCCACGUUGUCAGCAUCAACAAGUGUACCAAGUGUAGUUAUGAGAUACACAAAGACACCACCUCACUUCUUGUGAAUCUGUCAUUUCCAGAAGUCAUUAAUGAAAGGUGCUCAUUUGCAUCAGUGGUUGAGAGGAGUCUUAGCUUGGAGCAGACACGGCAGGCAUGGUGUGACUCCUGCACCCGAUAUCAGCCCAUUGAACAAUGUCGCCGCUACAAAACCCUGCCAAAGAUUUUGGCCAUGAACUGUGGUCUGGAUAGUUCUCAGGAUAUGAAAUAUUGGAGACAUCAGUUUGAAUUGUUGCUGACUGAAAUUCGGGAUAAGAAGAGGGAGGAAGAAAAGAAGAACGCAGAAGCUAAGCAAGCAAGUACAGACAAAGAAAAUAAAGCCAAUGAGAAAGCAUCUCCAGCAUUAGCUGCAGGAAGCCCAUCAACUCCCUCCAAAAGAUACCCAGACAGCUCCACCCCGCAGCCCUCCCCGGCCCGGCCCUGCAGGUACGGGCUGGCCUGCACACGGCAUGACUGCAGGUUCUGGCAUCCAGGUCGCGACAGCAAUGAAGAUAUGGGUCCCAUUCCUGCUCUCAGCUUAUUGGACCAAACCAUGGAGUACUCUUGGGUUCCUCUUGGCAUGAAGGCAAAGCUAAAUGAGGACGGCACUGUUUCAUUCAAGGACCUCACCAAGGCUGAGCUUGAAGAAUCUGUUGAUGACGAGGAAGGUGUGGUGUACGAGCUGGUGGGUGUGGUGUCCCAUGUGUCUGACCCUCGCUUCCCGGAUAAGAACAAUCUGGUUGCCUGCAUCAAAGUUGGCCCUAGCUACCAUGUCCGGGCAAAGGUCUCGUCUGUCUCUCACUGGUAUCUCCUGAAUGAUAUCAGCAUUCAACCAAUAGCUGCAGAAGAGGUUGUUUGGUUUCCCUGUGGUUGGAAGUCACCAUGUGUGUUGUACUGGCAGCGGAAGAAAGUUCACUCAGAAUUCCAGAAACAGGAACCCACCAACCCCAUCACCGCUGAUGUGUUCGGAGAAGACAAGUCCUUGGCACAGAGGGGGCGAAAGAGAAUCACCUUCACACCACUCACCGCUGAUGAAAUGCCUGGUGAAGGUGACUUUGUGGCCAUGGAUGCAGAGUUUGUAAAUCUGCACCAGGAGGAAGCAGAGAUCCGUAGUGAUGGCACGCGCACCACCAUCAAGCCUUCACACAAGUCUGUUGCCAGAAUCACCUGCAUCAGAGGACAAGGCCCAUUAGAAGGAACACCCUUCAUGGACGACUACAUCUCUACGCAGGAGCAGGUUGUCGACUACCUCACACAGUUUUCAGGAAUCAAGCCUGGAGACCUUGAUGCAAACUUCUCACAGAAGCAUUUGACAACACUCAAGUCCACCUAUGUGAAGCUUCGAUACUUGGUCGACAAGGGUGUUAAAUUUGUAGGACACGGCUUGAAGAAUGAUUUCAGGGUGAUCAACAUGACCGUUCCCAUGGCCCAGCUGAUUGACACAGUGCAUCUCUUCCAUAUGUCCCAUAACCGUAUGGUGUCUCUCAAGUUCCUUGCCUGGCAUUUCCUAAAACUGAAGAUCCAGAGUGUGACACACGACAGUAUUGAAGAUGCCAGGACAGCCCUGGCACUCUACCAGAAGUACUGUGAACUGAAAGCUGAGGGUGACUUGGUGAUGGAACUUCAGAAGCUGUAUGAAGCUGGCAAGAAGGCUCAGUGGAGGGUUCCUGGAGAGGAGGAGGAUGAGUAGCUUUUAUAGUGCAGCACUGAUUUCUUGGCAUGCAAGUGCAAUUCUCCGACCAUGUUUUACCAUCAUAUUUUUAUAAAAAUGUACAAAUAGGUAAACAUUGCAGUAAUGAUUGUUGUAAUAUAUGUAUGUACAUAUAUAUUAUUUUAAUGCGAGGCAAAAUGGAAAUGCCACAUGAGAGAUAUGAGUCUCCCGAGCAGUGCUUAGUUGUGAACUUGUAAAACAUGUUGAGUUUUUGUCUUCAACACUUAGAAAAUUUCCUCAUUGCCCUUUUUUUUCCUGUUACCCAGCCUUUGUAGGAUAUUGGCUCACUGAUAAGAAAUGUGACAUUCUUUUAGCGUGUACUGUGUUACAAGGGACGGCCUCUAUUUGAAUCACAAAAUUAAUCAGUACGGCUUUCAUAAGUUUCGUAUAGGAUUUAUAUGUGUUCAGUUAGUUUUUUAUGUUAAGAAGUAAGUUUAUUUAUAGCAGAUGUAACCUAUUCUUCAUUAAUUUUAAUAUUUUAUAUUGUCAUAUUUAAAAUAAAUUAUGGGAAAGUAUAAAUUAUAUAUUUUAUGUGGUCGACAAUACUGUAGAUGGUAAUGUUGUAAUAUGUAACAGGUACUUAAAGAUUUUAUUUCUAUUUUGUAUCUUUGAUAUUUUGUAGAUAAAAUGAAAUCGGUAA